GCUGUUUAUGUAGGCAACCUUACGUGUUAUGUUUUGAUGCAUUAAACCAGCCUAAAAGACGGAUAACGGAGAAGUUAACCGAUCCAAAUUACAAACCCCAACUAUUUUCCUGACUGUGCUUGCUGUGCAAGAAGCGGGAGGCAGCAGCUCCGCCAGCUCUGCAGUCUGCCAGGCAGCGCGGAUCAGGUGGUUGCGGAGCCCCCGGCAGCAGCAGUACGAUGCAGCUGAAGAGGCAGCACAACCCACAGACGGCAACUGGAGCCAGGCUCCAGAACAAGGCGACCUCUAAGCUUAAAUCUCCCGCAGAAAUGAUGUGCUGAUAUUGCAGAAGAGAUUACGGCAGCAAUGGAGUACCAGACACUGAAUACAUCUACCUGUCUGCUGGUCCUUCUGUUUUUCAUACCCGCUGUUUCGGGUGUCUGUCCUUCUAACUGUACAUGCUCAGGAAACGACAGGAAUGUGGACUGUUCAGGCAGAAACUUAACUGUACUGCCACACGGACUUCAAGACAACAUUACAUAUUUAAAUCUGUCCUUUAACCAGUUCGUAGAUCUCGAUCAUCAGCUAACGAGAUUCACCAAUUUGAGGACCCUUGAUAUUUCAAAUAAUUGGCUCAAGAAUGUUCCUGCUCAACUGCCCAAGUCUUUAUGGGAAUUAUAUGCCAUAAACAACAACAUUAAAGUUCUUCAGAAGCUUGAUACAGCUUACCAGUGGAAUCUUAAAGUGCUGGACGUUUCCAGGAAUAUGGUGGAAAGAGCUGUUCUGAUCAACAACACACUGAGCAGUCUCAAGUUUCUCAACCUCAGUAGCAACAAACUUUGGACGGUUCCAACCAACAUGCCCUACAACAUCGAGACGGUGGAUCUCUCCAGCAACUUCUUGUCCCAGAUACUCCCGGGAACACUGGUGAGACUACAACACCUCACAAGCCUCUACCUGCACAACAACAAGUUCACGUACAUUCCCGACAAAGCUUUUGACCAGCUCCUUCAGCUGCGAGUGGUCACGCUCUAUAACAACCCAUGGUCCUGCAGCGAUAGACAAAAUAUCCCCUACUUGCUGAAGUGGGUGCAGGACACGGCCGCCAGUGUUAUAGGGGCUCCCUGUGCCAACCAGUCUGGGCUUUGGCUGGGUGCCACCCCAACCCCAGCAGCUCCCACAGGUACAGACUCCAGCCUCAUGAUCAAAGGAAUGAAGGCAGCAGACAGAGCUACUUCUCCAGUGGCAACUGAACCAACCAUAAUGACAAGAAUGCAUAAACAAUUUAAAGCUAAGGAGGUGACUAGCUUGGCAACCUUAAGCCAAACCGUGCUGUUCACGAGCACAGACCGACCGCUGCUCCUCUAUCCAGAAGAUCCGACAACCAGGAAAGUCAGUUCCCAAGAAGCAGCAGCCACACACACCAUCUACAUCGCGGAUUCCACCCAGCUGAACUCCAGCCUGCCGGGCCCAGCAGGAGCACCCACCACCCCCAUGACUCUGAGCAUCACCAGUGGAAUGCCAACAAACUACUCCAAAAUGCCUCCAAGCACAACUGCUACCUUCAGGAAAGAGGAAUCCACUACAAACGCUCAGAAUACUCACGUGCCCUCCAAAGCAAGUAUCCGUCAGACAUAUUUGUUUUAUGUUGUAACGCUUAAUGCGGUGGCAAUGUUUAUCGGCUAAGAGCUUGUAUCUUGUGAAAAUUAUCGAGUUUAUUCCUGUGAUACAUAGCUGGAGUUAAGACAUCCAGGUCAAACAAUGAAUCACAACACAAGAAAUUCAAAGUUCUGACUCUGAUCUAAAGAAAAUAACAGUUCUUCAUUAAAGAAGUGCACACUAAUGUCUUGAUACUAAGCUGCUACUUAUUUUAAUAUGUCUUAAUUGAGUAAAACUAACCUAUGAUUUUGUUUUUAAAAAUGUGCUUAUUUUGUAUUUAAAUUUUUAAUUUUACCUGCACAGAAUAAAACAUCAGAAUUUUAAGUACUGAUUUCACGUAUGAUUUUGUCAUUAAACAACUGGAAAAAAAUAGAAGGCCUGUAUCAUAUCUGCAUUGUCUUGCUUGACUUGCCAGUGAGCAAUUCUUGUAAUAUAGCAGCACAGAUCCUUUGUAAGUUAUGGCGACAUGCAAAAGGAAGGGAAAAAAUAAAAGAACUAAACCUAGCUGUUUCACUAAUCAGAAGUUAUUCCUGAGAAAAAUCGCUAGCAUGUGUAUCUAUGUUUGCUUCAUAUGUAUUAGGAUAUUUUAAAUAUGAAGAACAACAGUUUUGAAUUUAGGAAUUAAAUAUGACAAUGCCAUGAUGUCUGCUAAGAGGGUGUAAACUGAGACAGCAACAUGGUCCAGCUUCAGCAUGGGGAAAGCGGCAGGGGCUGAUAGCUCUUUGUGCUCCGUCUUGACUUAGAGACUGCAGGCAAGUUAUUUCUCACUCUCCAUAUUUAAAAAAAAAAAAAAAAAAAAAAGAAAAGUAGAGGAAAACACAGGAUGUUCAAUGCCAUGACGCUCUCCAACAACAAGGAAUUAUCUACACAAAUUAAUGAAAUGGAACUCCUUAAUUUUAUUUCAAGUGACAUCCAAAAAUCAGAAAUAUUAAUGUAUUAUGCUUAAAAGAAUACCGCUAGUCUGCCAGAAUGUAUCGAACUACUACUUUUUGAUCAGUAAAAUGAAAUAUCAGCCAAUUUCUAAUGCGAGUUACGUAACAAACCAAUUAAGCAAUUAGUUGUGAAGCUGUCAUUGAUACAAUCCUUGAACCUUGUGACUUUUAAAAAAAAUUAAUUCAGUCCAUGGCAUUGAACAUGCCCAAAUCCUUGCUUUAUAAGGACAAGCAUGAGUGGUAUUCUCCUUGACAUCUGCACCAUCAGUGAGUAGAAAUAGUUGCACGCAUGGUUCUGUUCUCUCUAGGAAAAUAAUUUAAAUUAUGUGGCAAAGGUACGCGAUAUACUACAGAUGAAGUUUUGCAAACAGCAUGAAAUGAAAACUGAAGAACAAGUUCAUUGAAAAAGUAUUAUUCACUUAAUAUUACAAAUCUUUAUACAAUGUUUUCCAUUCAUUUCAGGCCAUUUAAUUUCCAGUUAUUGUAGCAUGAAGGUGCUGCAAAACCCAGAAAACCUCACUACUGAGACUGGAGUCCUCUACCUACUUCUCCUAGGUGUCCAUGAGGGCUGUAGACCAUUUACAACCACUGGUAUCAGAGAAAUCACAACUUUCCAAUUGUGAACAGUAUUUCUAUAACCAGAAAUGUGUUUUAAUUUCUAACAGUAAAUGUUACACAAUGAAUUUGUACAGUUAUUUCAUUGGCAUUUAAGCAAAA